GUGUUUUGUCUUCCAAAGAGACAACAUCGACAAAAAAAUAAUAAGCGUACAAUUUACAUUUUUUUGUAGAACCUCACUCGAAUUUAUGAGGUCAUACUGUAUACAGUGUCCUACAUCAUUGGCAGUAAAAGAGUUGAAUCAUAUGAUAACGCUCAGUGUGUAGUGUAAUGUCCCCAAAUAUACAAAUUAAAAUGAAAUUUCCUUCAUUGUGUGUAUUUUUAAUAUGUUUUGGUUUCACCAGAGCGGCCUUGGAGAAAUAUGGACCUCUCAGCUUCGCGUUAAAAAUGGUUAAAUGUGAACACAGCCGAGACCUAAAUCUGGAUGUCAGCGGCAUCGACGUAUACUUCUACGACUUCCAAAAUGGCAUCACGGAGUCUUUUCCUAUCAACGAAGCUGCCGACAGAAUCCUAGCCUUGCAAGACCUGGAUAAAGUAAAGAAAUUCUUUAUGUUCGUUGGUGGCUUCAAAUCACACAUCAAUAAGAAUACAGAAGAACGCGUGAGAAACGCCUUCAGAGAAUUCCCCAACAGCUAUCUGAUCAUCAUCGACCAUUCAGCCUACACCAAUGACAGACAAGGCAAAAAGAAAAGUUAUGAACGUUCAGUUAAAUACGUCUACUACAUAGGUAAACAGUUGGCUCAAAUGUUGGUGGGUCUUCACGAAGGAGGAAUCUCACCUAAAACUAUUCACUGCAUCGGCCAUAGCUUGGGCAGCCAAAUGUUAGCCCAUGUUGGUGAGAUCUUCUUUGAAACUACAGGUGAGAAGAUCGCCAGGAUAACUGCAUUAGACCCAGCUGGCCCUUGUUUCUCGAACAGUUUGAUUCAGGAGCAGAUCAGGGCUGGUGUAGCAGAUUACGUUGAAGUAUACCAUUGUAACGCUGGUGGGUUAGGUACGACCAGUGUGCUAGGCGACGUAGAUUUCUUCGUGAAUAAAGGGGGAUCUCAACCAAACUGUGGUACUGCCUUGAUUCCAGGUAUCAUAGACUCCUCAUUUUCUGCUAAAUGUAAUCAUAAGACUUGUGUCACGAUGUGGACAGCAUCUGUAACUAAUCCUGAAGGAUAUACGGCGUAUAAAUGUGAUAAAUAUAAAUAUUUUAAAGGUGGUAUGUGUUCACUCAAUGAUAGAGCCAUUGCUGGGUUCUGGAAUCCUGGUAACGCGACUGGUGUAUACUACUUCUCUACUGAAGGUUAUGAUUUAAGUUAGUUGAAUAUAUAUAACAGUAAGUUUCAUCAUAAUGCAAAUAGCUAACCUUUCGCGAUUUGCUUUGCUUUUAAAUUAUUUCCAAAGACUGAAUGUACAUAAACUCUUAUAUUCAAGCUUGAAUUGUAAAGUGGAAAACACAGUCGGAUUAUUCAUCAAUACAUAGUAUAAAACAAAGUCGCUUUCGCUGUAUGUCCGUAUGUAUGCUUAGAUCUUUAAAACUACGC